UUUUAAGUACGUUUUCCGUUUCAAAAACCUCCGUCCUAACAACAAACUGCUAAGAACUGAACUAACUAAUAAGACAAAAAAUGUCUGAGGAGGAGAAACAGACGCAGAUUGAACCUAAUUUGAGCGAAAAGACAGUUAUACUAAGAAGAGCUCGACUAAAUGCAGCAACCAGUAGUCUUAUGAGUUUCUGUUUUAGGGAAUGCUGUUUUAAGCCAGUUGCAGAUGAGCCUGAUAUUGAAAUAGAGGGCAGUCUGGUCCACAAAGAUUCAGAGGAAGGUCAGAUACUGUGUGCAGAAAAAGAAGCUAGAAGGAAAAGCAAAACCCUCUUCAGCUGCAUCAACACAGCCACUCAGACAACCAUAAACCCUCCAAGGGAAGUGGCUUGUCAAACUGAGUCCCAACCUCUUUUAGUGAACUAUUCAGCUACAGCCAAUCAGUGGGAGAUCUAUGACUUCUAUCAAGAAGAGCUUCAAAAGCGCAAGAGCAGUGCAAAGAAGGAUGAGAAAGAAAGUGAAAUCGCUGAGGGAGCAGAAGGGGUGCAGGGGAAUCUUUCACUUCUACGGGACUUCACUGACAAAUCUGAUCAUGACCUGGCCAAGUUAUCUACAGCGGCCAAGCUUCUUGAGUAUGCGGUGAAUGAAAAUAUAAAUGGAGACAUAAUUGAAGAUUUCAAGCACUUUGAGGACGAAGCAGAUGAAUUUCGAGGAGACAAGGGGACUCUUCUCCCACUGUGGGAGUUUCAGUAUAAUAAAGUCAAAAGUCUUCCUGUGAGCGCCCUCUGCUGGAAUAAAGAAUACAAUGAUUUGUUUGCUGUUGGUCUUGGGUCACAUAAAUAUACUGAACAGAAGUGUGGCAUGCUUCUUUUCUACACUUGGAGAAACAACAAUCACCCAGAAUUCCUCUUCAACACAGAUUCAGGCGUAAUGUGUGUGGACAUCCAUAAGCAAAAGUCCCACCUGGUGGCGGUGGGUUUGUUCGAUGGCAAUGUGUGUGUGUACGACCUAAUGGCAAAGGGUGAUCAGCCCAUUUAUAACAGCAUGACCAGCUCUGGCAAACACUCAGGCACUGUAUGGCAGGUGAAGUGGUGGGAGGACGAUUUAUAUGGCAAUCACACUUUCUUCUCUGUGUCCGCUGAUGGACGAGUGGUGUCUUGGACUUUGGGAAAGUAUGAGCUAGUCUCCACUGAUAUCAUCAAGCUCCCACCAAUGGACAACGUUCCUGAUGACCUUAACAAUGUCAUUUUCACAGCUGGAUUGACUUUGGACUUCCAUAAACAAAAGCCCUACCAUUUUCUUGUUGGCACUGAAGCUGGAAAGAUUCACAGGGGCUCCACACACUACACUCGGUUUAUAAAGACCUUUGAGGCCCAUUUCAGGAUGGUUAGUCGCGUGAGGUGGAAUCCCUUCAAUCCUAAAGUUUUCAUCACUUGCGGCAUGGACUGGAGGGUGAACAUCUGGGAUGAAACAACUGACUCUCCAGUGUUGACUUUUGACCUGAAAUCUUCAGUUACGGAUGUGGCCUGGGCUCCAUAUUCUUCCACUGUUUUUGCUGCAGUCACUGCUGAUGGAAAGGUUCACGUGUUUGACCUCAGCAUCAACAGAUUUGAAGCUCUUUGCCAGCAAAGAGUGGUGUCCAAUAAGAGACACCUCACAUGCAUUGAAUUCAACCCUGUCCAUCCCAUCAUCAUCGUAGGCGAUGACCGUGGUCGUGUCAUCAGCCUCAAGCUCUCACCCAACCUCCGCAAGAACCCUAAGGAGGAGAAGGGCCAGGAGCUGUCUACUGGACCGGAAGUGGAAAUUGCAAGAAUGGAGAAACUGUUGAUUUUGAUGAGAUAGACGAGGGUGCAGGAAGGCCAGGAAUACUGGAAACAGAAAUACAAAAUACAAAAAAAAAAAACAAGAAAGAAAGAAAAAAAAAGUCAAGCUUCUUAAUGUUUGCGUGUUAUAAUAUGCAUUUAUUAUAUAUCUGUUACAUAUUUUGUGACACACCUACUGGCUUUUACAAAUCUUAAUUUGCCAGA